GAAGUGCUGCAGCCACAGAGGACUGCAUCGGGGGAAAAAGAAGAAGAAAAAAAGCCUUGUCGUACGCUGGCAGUUACUUCUGAUUCUGCCCCUCAGUUUAAGAAAAGCCCCCAACAUCUUCAUCAUUUGCGGAAAGGGAAGCGCGCAGCGCUGUAAUGGCUUACUUUCGUCUCAGUCCACUCUUCUCCUAUAAAUGACGCCUGGUCGAUGAUUGCCACAGCCAUUGUAGGUUGCCUCCUGUGGUGACUGCUGCCUCAAGAGUUGUCUUCCUCUGUGCCAUCUCAAGACCCACCGAUCACUCUGAUCCUGCAAACCCUCUGUCCUGCAAACAAUUUUAUUUUCUUGCCCUUUUUCCUUCUUUUUACUUCUAACUAACUUGUGGACCCCUGUGAAAACUUCUGCCCAUCCCAUAAUGGAGGACACUUACAAUAACAGGACUUCCCUGGCUAAGGGGGCCAAGGGCAUGGUCAAGGAGGCCAAGCGUCACGCCAAAAAGAAGGUUGACAAAGCGGUGGACCGUGCCACUGAUGAGUACUCCUCCCAUCGUAACUACUCACGGUUCCAAGACGAGGAGGAUGACGAUGAGGAUUGCUACCGUAACCGUGACAACGAGGAGGGCUCCAGUGAUGCCACAGAAGGUCACGAUGACGAGGAUGAAAUUUACGAGGGCGAGUACCAGGGGAUCCCUUCAGCUGGGAACAAGAAGCCCAAGGAUGGCCAGGUUGCCAUAGGACAGCCCGUGUCAGAUGCCACAAGGGACCGUAGUGAGCUGGAGCAGGAGAGACAGGCUGAUGAAGAGGAGCUGGCCCAGCAGUACGAGCUGAUCAUCCAGGAGUGUGGGCAUGGGAGGUUCCAGUGGGAACUGUUCUUAGUGCUGGGGCUAGCUCUCAUGUCUGAUGGGGUGGAGGUGUUCGUGGUGGGCUUUGUACUGCCAAGUGCAGAGACGGACAUGUGCGUGCCCAACUCCAGCUCGGGAUGGCUAGGUAGCAUUGUUUAUUUGGGAAUGAUGGUUGGAGCGUUCUUCUGGGGAGGGAUGUCGGACAAAUUGGGACGCAGACAGUGCCUCCUUAUUUGCAUGUCCACAAAUGGCUUCUUUGCCUUCCUGUCAUCUUUUGUCCAGGGAUAUGGCGUCUUCCUUCUCUGCCGUGUUGUCGCAGGGUUCGGGAUAGGAGGUGCUGUGCCCAUUGUUUUCUCCUUCUUUGCAGAGGUACUGUGCAGAGAGAAAAGAGGAGAACAUCUCAGCUGGCUUUGUAUGUUCUGGAUGAUUGGAGAGAUCUAUGCAUCUGCUAUGGCCUGGGCCAUCAUUCCACACUAUGGGUGGAGCUUCAGUAUGGGCUCAGCGUACCAGUUUCACAGCUGGAGGGUGUUUGUUGUUGUCUGUGCCCUGCCAUGUGUGUGUGCUGUGGUGGCUCUCACCUUCAUGCCAGAAAGCCCCAGGUUCUACCUUGAGGUGGGGAAGCAUGAUGAGGCCUGGAUGAUCCUCAAACAGAUCCACGACACCAACAUGAGAGCGCGUGGGCAGCCGGAGAAAGUCUUCACCGUAAACAGGAUCAAGAUCCCUCAACAGCUGGAUGAAUUGGUUGAAAUGGAGUCCGUAUCUGGAAACCCUGUUUCCAAGGUUUUCUUCAGGUUAAAGACUGAAAUACACGGGAUCUACCUGAACCUCAUGAAGUGUUUUCAGUACCCCAUGAAAGAAAAUAUGGUGCGACUGGCCAUAGUGUGGUUCACAUUGUCUUUCGGGUAUUAUGGUCUGUCUGUCUGGUUUCCUGAUGUCAUCAAACACCUUCAAGCAGAUGAAUAUGCCUCCAAAGUGAAGCUCCACAACAAUGAACGCAUUGAAGGCUUCACCUUUAAUUUCACCCUCGAGAACCAGAUCCACAAAAAUGGCCUCUUCAUUAAUGACCAAUUCGUCAACAUGAAGCUGAGGUCCGUCACCUUUGUGGACUCCACAUUUCGUAACUGCUACUUCGAUGAUGUCACCUCAGUGGGCUCCUUCUUCAGAAACUGUACUUUCAUAGAUACAUUCUUCUUCAACACAGAUAUUGAUGAUUCCAAGCUGAUUGAUGGCACAGAGGUGAUCAACAGCACUUUCACCCACAACAAGACGGGAUGCCAGAUGACAUUUGAUGAUGACUACAGUGCCUACUGGGUUUACUUCAUUAAUUUCCUGGGGACCUUGGCUGUUCUGCCAGGAAACAUUGUGUCUGCCCUUCUCAUGGACAAAAUUGGGCGUCUGUCCAUGUUAGGUGGCUCCAUGGUCCUUUCUGGCAUCAGCUGUUUCUUCUUGUGGUUUGGAACCAGUGAGUCCAUGAUGAUUUUCAUGCUGUGUCUAUAUAAUGGCCUGAGCAUCUCUGCCUGGAACUCAUUGGAUGUGGUCACGACGGAGUCUUUCCCCACUGUGAGAAGGGGAACCGGCUUCGGGUUCUGCAAUGCUCUGUGUAAGCUGGCGGCAGUCCUGGGGAACCUGAUUUUUGGUUCCCUUGUCGGCAUCACCAAAGCCAUCCCCAUCCUCAUGGCAUCGUCCGUGCUUGUUGGUGGAGGUCUGGUCGGACUCCGCUUGCCUGACACCCGGGCAAAUGUCCUCAUGUAAGACCGGCCUGAUGUGCGACAACUGGGACGAAAGCAUUGAGUCCUUGUGGAAGAAGCGAAAGCUAUGGAUCAGGCGUGCAAGUGGCUUGGUUCAUUCGAUUCUUGAGACUAUUAAUCACAUUUCAUUAACAUACCGUAGUUAAGGCAAGUAUGCUGUCAAGCUUUUCAGGAUUUAUGGCUUUCAUCAUAACAAAUCACAUCCCUGUGAAGGUAUUAGAAGCUUAGUCCUUAGGUGGAUGAUUUGUCUGGGAGUUUCACGUGACCGAGACGAGGUUGCUCAGGUUUUAGAAGCUGCAACUUUGGUUGGAGUUUUGUUGAAGUGGUUUCGCCCUCCAGCUGCAGUCAUAACCUUUCACAGACACAGCGCAUGGUUGAGGCUCAAGGCUUUUAAUAUUGAUACAGUCUUGUUAAGACAAGCCAGAUGGGGGGGAAAGUGAAAAACAAGCUGUAAUGAGCACCACCAACCUGCUGUGUGACAAGGCAGGGAAUACAUGAUCAGACAGACAGGACUCAUUGACAGCUGGCUUACCCACAGGACCCACAUAUAGAACACAGGGCGUGUGCGCAGAAACAUGCAGAAGUGUACAAAAAGUGUUUAGAGUAUAGAAAAAAUGCUUGCAGAUACAUGACUUUUACCUGGAAUCACAUGUUUCAAACGCUGGAUUUAAAUCAUGAUGUACGCGUAACACCAUAUUUUGAUACAUGACUUUUUUUUCCCCAGCAUCUGCAACAGUUAAAAGAGGAUCACUUAUAAAGGCGACUAAGCCCUUUCCAUAGUCCAACUAUAAAUAAAAAAGGCCAUACUGGAAAAAAAACUAUUUUCUUAAACCAGUUACUGUGUGUUAUAGUGAAUCUGAGGAUGCUAACUUUAUUUUAUCCUGUUGGGGUGAUGUGUGGAUUAUUUUGACCCAAAUCUGGUAUUUUCCCUUAUGUGUCACAUCAUUACAUAGAAGAUUCUGUGAUGAUCUCCCCAUUUGAUUUAGAUUUGUGUUGAAUCCAGCUUGUGGCGGUGACAUGUCCUGCUGCUUCCUUUUAAAAUGCUAAAUGGCCUUUUUUAAAUGUGCCUCUCCUUGACUUGUUCAGUCAGCCCAUAGUCAUGUGCUGUUAUGAGGAGCAAACAGAAAACAAACAGGGACUGAAUAGGUUAUAGUUAGCAUUGUAUAUUUUUUUUCUAAUUUAUUUAUUUAUUUGAUUGUUCUUCUUAUUAGUGGUUUCUUCUUCUGUGCAUGAUUUCUAAAUUAUAUGAAAAACCAAAAGGAUGCCCCAUGAUGAAAACAUCUUUAAGGAAACAAUUAUUUGUAUUAAUCUAUUCUAUUUUAUUUUAUUUGUCUGGUUGGUAGGUUUUGAAAUAACUUUAUAAACUCCAAUUUGAUUUACACGAUUAACUAAAAGGAAUUCAAUUGAGGAUAGUUUUUUUCUAACGACUCACCAAGUUCUUUGAAAAAUGUCAUAAUUUAUCUUUGAAAAGAGAAUAAUUCCUGUUGAAAUUUAGAAAUUCAAUUCUUAGAGUUCAAUGCCUAUCUUUUAAGAUGUAUUGAGAGAAUCUUAUUUUGAUAGCUUUAUGAAAUUGACAUUUAGAAAUUACAUUAUUUUGGAUUGGAUGCAUACAUAAUAUUUUAUGCAUAUCAUGCAUAUGUAACUGUUGCGUUCAGUCCUGUUUCAUUUGUGCCUGUGUAUCAGCCCAUGUUCUAUGACCAGUGAUAUCUGACUGUGGUUUAGGUGUGAUUAGUUUUAUUUUGACCAUGUGAUUUAGAAUUUUAAAAGCCAGAGCGGGGCGUACAGGUUUUUGUAUAAAAAGCAAUGUCUGAAACCCGGUGAUGCUGAGUGCUGACUGUGGCCCCAACAGAAGUUAGACUGAUCUGCUCAGUUCUACACUGGUUAAAAGUUAGAAACAGACUAAUGGCUGUAAUUUGGAGAAACACAAUUGCUUUUCAUGUUUGAGGUAUUUGAUGUAAGAUUAUGUAAAUAUUAUGUAUAUAUCAAAGCUAAUAUAGGUGAUGCUCUGAACAAAAUAUGUCAGAGCCGGUUUAAUGAGUCAUACCUCUCAAUUUAUCAGACUGAUAACUCCAUCCACCUUAUCUCUGUUCUACAUUUUUGUGUGCCCUUUGCUUUCGCCUGCUAAUGCUAUGUGUGUGGGUGUGUGUGUGUGUGUGUGUGUAUAAAGUUGCAUGUAUGUCAGAAAAAACUUCAGUUCCUCCGUACUUACAUUUGGGUUCUUCUUGUAAAUUCUCCUGGCAGACAACAAAGGCAAUAUGCAGAUUUUUGUCGAGGAAAAAUGUGAAUGUAUCACUCUUGUUGGUUAUUUUAAUCUAUUUUAUGGAGGUAUUCAAAUGUAUGUGGACAAUGAUGUUGUGAAUAUUAAUGUGAAGGGCCUGACUGCCAAAAGAUGACUGAGCUGUAUGUUCAAAGGUCCAUAUGUGAGAAAAUAUGUGAAGAUAUAUUUGCCAAAUGAUGCCCUGUGAAUGACAUUAGACACUGGAAAUACAGGGACUACAGACAGUGCUGCUUAUGAACAUAU